AUGGCCAAAAAUGAUGCAGUGAUACAAAGUUAUGCUGCCUCUCUUCGAAACCUUGAGUUGCAACUUGGAAAAUUGGCCAAUGAAUUAAAAGCUAGGCCGGAAGGUUCUUUGCUUAGCGACACAGAAAAUUCAAGGAGGGAUGGGAAGGAACAAUGCAAAUCCAUUCAACUAAGGAGUGGAAAGCAUCUGAAAAAUUCUGAGGAGGAAAUAACGGGUAGUGGGGAGCCCACUUCAAUCCAAAUCGACGAAAAGUUGAGUAAAAAAACUGCCCAGGAAUUUGCUGAUACCAGACCAAUUGAUACAGCAAAGGGUCAACAACCUGACAGUCAGCAAUCUGCACCAGUAUGUUCUAGUCCUAAACCACCCCUUCCAUUUCCUCAAAGAUUUCGAAAACAACAACAAGAUGGGCAAUUUAAGAAGUUUUUAGAUGUGUUGAAGCAGCUCCAUAUCAAUAUUCCCUUGGUAGAAGCAUUGGAGCAAAUGCUGAAUUAUGUCAAGUUCUUAAAAGAUAUUUUGACGAAGAAAAGGAGGUUGGGGGAGUUUGAAACUGUAGCUCUCACCGAAGGAUGCAGCGCCAUGUUGAAAAGUAAGAUUCCACCGAAGUUGAAGGAUCCUGGUAGUUUUACAAUCCCUUGUUCUAUUGGGGGACGGGAUGUUGGAAGAGCCUUAUGUGAUUUGGGUACAAGCAUCAACCUCAUGCCUAUGUCGAUCUUUAAGAAGUUGGGUAUUGGUGAAGCACGUCCUACAACUGUUACAUUGCAGCUUGCUGACAGGUCCAUGGCCCAUCCCGAAGGAAAAAUAGAAGAUGUUCUAGUACAGGUUGACAAGUUCAUUUUUCUCGCUGAUUUCAUGAUUCUGGACUAUGAAGCUGAUAGAGAUAUGCCUAUUAUCUUGGGUCGACCAUUCCUUGCUACCAGGAGAACUCUGAUUGAUGUGCAAAAUGGGGAGCUCACUAUGAGGGUGAAUGACCAAAAAGUCACCUUUAAUGUGUUCAAUGCUAUGAGGUUUCCAGAUGAGAUAGAAGAAUGCUCCCGCAUAAGUGUAACUGACUCUAUUGUAGCUGAAAGAUUUCACAAGGAAGCUUGGAAGGAUGAGAAGUUUAUAAGUUCUUCUGAUGAGCUUGAAGACUUGAGUGAAGAUGAAGACAACGAAGUUGCUUGGGUGGAGCCAUUGCAUCCUAUCCCUAAAUUCAAGAAGCCCUUUGAAUCUUUGGAGUUGAAGGAAAGUAAUUUCAAGCCUCCAAAACCCUCCAUCCAAGAGCCACCGAAGUUGGAGUUGAAACCCUUGCCAAGCCAUCUGAAGUAUGCCUAUUUGGGGGAGAAUGACAUGCUGCCAGUUAUUAUAGCAGCAAACUUGGAAGUUGAAGAUGAAGGUGCCUUCCUAGGGGUGUUAUAA